AAAUUUCCAGAUGCCUGCAUCAGUGACCCAUGUGAUUUUCGAUUUUGACGGUCUUCUCGUCGACACAGAAUCUGCAUACACGGAAGCGAAUAUGGAGCUUUUGAGAAAAUAUGGACACGUUUUCACAAUGGAUUUGAAGAGAAGGCAAAUGGGAAAACGCCAUGAUGAAUCGAUCCGAUGGCUAAUCAACGAACUGAAAAUCGGCGAUCUUGUGACACCGGAAGAGUAUUCACGUCAAUACGAUGAACUUCUCAUCGAAAUGUUCAAAAGGAGUCCUGCGAUGCCUGGAGCUGAGAAACUGGUUCGUCACCUUCUUCAUACCGGAGUUCCAGUUGCAUUGUGUACUGGAUCGUGUAGUCGCACAUUUCCAACGAAAUUGGAUAACCACAAAGAUUGGGUGAACAUGAUCAAGUUGCAAGUUUUAUCGGGAGAUGAUCCUGAAGUGAAACACGGAAAACCACACCCAGAUCCAUUUUUGGUGACUAUGAAACGAUUCCCACAAGUUCCAGAAUCGGCGGACAAAGUUCUUGUAUUUGAAGAUUCGUACAAUGGUGUCUUGUCGGCACUCGAUGCUGGAAUGCAAUGUGUGAUGGUUCCAGAACGAUCGAUUUUCGACCCCGAUUCAGACCCAGAAUUCAAAAAUCGUGUGACUGUGAUUUUGAAUAGUUUGGAACAGUUUAAGCCAGAGGACUUCGGAUUGCCCCCAUAUUAAAUAUAUCAUAUUUUUCUUUCAAAAAACUGAUGGUUUACUUCUAUCUGUAUUCGAUCGUACUUUGUGAUAUUCACAUAACCAUUUUAUAUUUCUAGUUGUUUUUUUUUGAAUAUAUUUUUGCAACAGUUUA